ACUGCAGUGUCUUCCUGUUUAUGAUGCGAGGACACACGUUUCCUCUCUCUUUAAUGAUUCGAGCUAAGUUUCAGCCACAGCUCUCUCUCGGUUGUUAUUUGAGCGAAGAGCAGCUCAAUCACAUUCUUCGGUGCUUUCCAUGAUGGAUGAGCCUCUCCUUCCCACCUCCGCCCCCAAAACUGCCCCUCCUGCAUCCACGGCCUCCUAUCCCAGCUUCCUCCGGCGUCUCCGCAUCUUCCUUGUCCUCGCCGCCUGCGCCCUGUGGGCAAAUUACGAGGCCUCCAAGGGCUUCGACAUCACCGUCCUCCACGGCGCCUCGCGCAGCCCCGCCGCCCGCCGAUUCGGCCUGCUAUUCGUCUCCAACGGCCGAGCCGCCAGGCUCGUCCUCAGCUCCAGUGAUCUCGUUCAGCGCGUCCUCUACCCGGAUGAUUCGUUCCCUCGGAAGCCAGUGCGCCGGAUAACGCUUUUCUUGGCCGACGAAAACCUCAACGAGACCGUCGUGGUCAGCCACGGCCGCCACCCAGGCGAGUUCGUAGUCCAGCUGAGCCCGGCCGUCAUGAAGGCGGCGGACGUGCAGAUGUCGGUGGCUUCCGCGCUGCAGCGGGGCGUGGCUCGCGUCUGGCUCUGGGACGGGCGAGGCCAGGCCCCGAGACGGCUUCUUGACGCCAUGGUAGAGUACCUCACCACGCAGAACAACGCCAGUGCUACACUCCGCACCAAUUCCUGCUGCGCGGCGGGGGAGCAGCUGCGCGUAGCGCGCGUGAAUCGAGCCAUGCAGGAGGAGUGGGACGAUCGGAUGCUGGAGGAUGUAUGCGGCUCGCCUUCCGAAAAGGUCUGCUCGGCCUGCCAACCUCUUAUCGACCUCAGUACGUUCGCAAGGAACGUAGAUCCUCCUGAUCAAGAUCCAUAGACAUGAGCGUAUGAGUUAGUGUUAGCAGUGACAAUGGCCGAAUAAUUGAGGGGAAGCAGUAGUCAAUGCAUGACGCAGAAGCAAGUGGAGCCGACCGCUGAGCUACGAUCUAUGCAAGAUUAGGACUGCAUCUUGUACUACUUUUCUGUGAUCCUACAAUGGAUUCAGUCAGUACCAUGUCAUGCUUUGAAUCAGCGAAUGCAAGUAAUAGAUUGUGCAAUUAAUAGCCUAA